AUGGACCAUGAGCCCCGCCAACUCGUCGAAGCUCCGGUCGUCGUGGGGGACUCCGGCGAUCUCCGGCGGCCAAGCACCUUCAUCAGGGUGAAUCAGCUCGAUCUCCAAGGGGAUGAUGCUGGAUCCUCUCAAGCCGCGGUCAGUGGCAAAAAGAAAAAGAGGGGAACACGAGCUGUUGCAGGUGAUAAAAGCGGCAGGGGCCUUCGGCAAUUCAGCAUGAAAGUCUGUGAAAAAGUGGAAAGCAAGGGGAGAACAACUUACAAUGAGGUCGCAGAUGAACUUGUUGCUGAAUUUGCAGAUCCAGUUAAUGGUAUAGGGCCUCCAGAUCAGCAACAGUAUGAUGAGAAAAACAUACGGAGGAGGGUGUAUGAUGCACUGAAUGUUCUCAUGGCAAUGGAUAUCAUCUCAAAGGAUAAAAAAGAGAUCCAAUGGAAGGGUUUACCGCGAACUAGCUUAAAUGAUAUUGAAGAAUUGAAGGCAGAACGUGUUGCUCUGAAAAGUAGAAUCGAAAAGAAAGCAGCAUAUUUGCAAGAACUCGAAGAUCAAUACAUAGGCCUCCAGAACUUGGUACACCGGAAUGAGCAACUGUAUGGAGAUAAUCCUCCAGGUGGUGUUGCUUUGCCAUUCAUUUUGAUUCAGACUCGUCCACAUGCAACUGUUGAGGUGGAAAUAUCAGAAGAUAUGCAGCUGGUGCAUUUUGAUUUUAAUAGUACACCUUUUGAGUUGCACGACGACUCAUACGUUCUGAAGGCAAUGAGAUUUUGUGACAAAGAGCAAAAUAACGGCGUUCAAGAUCCCACUUCAAAUCUAGGAGAGAGCUCCAGCAUACAAUGCAUGUUUCCAUCUCAAACGCCACAACCCACAAGACCCAGUUCUCUAGGAAAAGUUCCCAGUUCGCCUCCAAUUCCAGGAAUUCUGAAAGCACGAGGCUCCAAGCAUGAGCAUUAAUAUUAUGCAAAAAUUUAACCUGUAUGUGUUAUUCGUGCUGUAUGUUAUUUCGUUCGAUUUUUUUUUCUUUUUGUGAAUAGUGCAAGCUAUAGAAGGGAGACAGUGAGCAUUCUCUUGGUUCUUUUAGCUUCUUAAAGAGUUGGAAGCAUCUGAGGAGGUUCACUGAUCA